CUUCACUCAGAGGUCACUCUGGCUGGACUUGGAGGCCAUAUGAGAUGCGAGGGAUCAAAUCCAGGUCAGCCCCAUGCAAGAUAUUGGGGCAGAUCUUAUAGAGAAAGGAGAACAUGUUCAAGAGACUAUUGUCAAAAAACUUGUUGAGAAAGCAGAAGCUGGGAUCUGGGCUCAGGCCAACAAGCAUGAAAAACAAGCAGUGGAAAGAGCACUAAAGGAAGCCAAUGAGAAACACAGAAUUAGCAUGCAGCUCAUGGAGGAGGAACACCAGAAGACCUUAAAGGAAAUGGCAGCUAAAACCAAGACAGAGGUAUAUGAAAACAUGGAAGAUGAACUAACGAGAGAAAACCUGGCUGCUGAACAACGCAUGGUCCACAGAAUCCAACGGAUAUUAAUGGAGUGCCAAAAGGAGAAGAUGCAGGCUGUAGAGAAAGCCAGGGCUGAGGAAAGAAAGAUCGCUCAGGAAAAAAUUGAGGUGCAAAAAAGUAAAAUCAUGGAAGAACUUUUGAAGACUGAUAUAAGAGCUAAGGACCAGAUGAGCCUAAGUCAGCUGGUAAAGAAAAAAGAACAUGAAAUGAAAAUCUACUAUUGCAUAGCUCAGAGGAAGAAUCAAGAAGAGGCCGAGGAAGUGCUUCUAAAAGCAGAGAAAUCACAUCAGGCCUCAAUGGGAAAUGUCAUGGAUAAACUGGUCAGCACACAGGAAGAGCUGCUGACCACAGAAGAACAGCUAGAAAUCAUGACAAGUUGGAAAGAUUUUCUGGAAGAGGAACUACAGGAAACACGGGAGGCGUUUCAGAAAUACAUUAAUUUUACAUUUCCUAUGCUCUCACCAGGACAUGCAGAUUUUAUUUUGCCAGAGAGAAAGAAAACACCUUCCAAACUUUUAAAGAAUAAAUCAUCUUCUAAAGAGAAGCUUUCACCUGAUGAUAUUCCAGAAUAA